AUGCUGUUUGAGUACUUGCGGCCGCCAUCGCUGGGUGACUUGCUGCCAUCUCGGGAUGCAUUCAAGUAUCUGGAGAGGGGCAUGCGAUUUGUUGGCUGGAUGCCGCCAUCGAGGGACCAUCCCAGUUACUGGAAAUACUGGGUCUAUGCGUUCUUAGUAACGGGCUUAUCUGGCGCCUAUUUGCCCUUUGGCUUCUUCAUCAGCUACUUCGUCAACUUUAGGGGCUUCACGCCUGGAGAUUUUCUAACAUCUAUACAGGUUUCAUUCAAUUCGGCUUGCCUGGGAGUAAAGAUCGCCAUUAUCCUACCGAAUCUGUGGCGCUUCGAGAAGAUAAAGAACCUACUCGAUAUAUUGGAUAGGCCGUGCUUCCAGGAGGGAGCCGGCGAAGACAUACAUCGCUGCGUCGCGCGCUGUAAUUUCAUCUAUAUGGUCUAUCAGAUAGCGUACGCCUCAUACACCGUGCUGACCUGCAUGAGCUCCUUUCUAACCGGGUCUACCCCUUGGGGAAUCUACAUUCCGUUCUUGGACUAUCGUUCGAGUACGCAAGCCUUUUGGUUGGCAGCUUGCAUGGAAUCUGUCAUGGGAGCCGCCGCCGUCAGCAUGGAUCAAUUCAUAGACGUCUAUGCGGUAAUCUUCGGCAUCGUUUUAAGAAAUCAUCUGAAACUUCUGAUUAGGCGCGUUGAGCGAUUGCGCAAGAACCAGAGCGAAAGCGACGAUGAGAACUACGCGAAGCUGGUCAACUGCAUCAAAGAUCACAAGAAUAUUCUGGAGUUUUCGGAAGUUAAUCGACCAAUUGUAACGGGCCCCAUAUUUGCUCAGUUUCUAGUGAUUGGCUUGUGCCUGGGUCUCGGGAUGGUUAAUCUACUGUUCUUUUCCACCAUCUGGACGGGCCUGGCCACGUCGGUCUUCAUUAUGGUCUUGAUGAUCCAAACAUUUCCCUUUUGUUUCAUCAGCGAGCUGAUUGCAGACGAUUGCAUGGAUCUGACUCACGCCAUAUUUCAUUCGGAUUGGGCAAGCGCGAGCAAGCGCUAUAAGGUGACUCUUGCAUUCUUUCUGCAUCAGACUCAGCAGCCGAUUGCCUUCGUUGCCGGCGGUAUCUUUCCGAUCUGCAUGAGAACCAACAUUGAGAUGGCCAAGUUGGCAUUCACAGUGGUAACUGUAGUCAAGCAAAUGAAUAUUGUCGAGAAACUAAACUGAAAACAAUUUUCCGAAAUUAUAUGCACGUUGAAUUGCACGUAGGAAUGCUCUAAACACCUGUAGAAACACGGCACAGCAA